AUGCGCAUUGCUCACCGCUUACUAAUGGCCACUCCGGCCUCAAUCGGAUCUAAGUCCAGUCUCAGCGAAGCCCUGGCCCUCCUUCCCCCGCUCCAGCUCUACCGCCGCAUCUUGCGCGUCCAUCGCAAGCUCGACCCGGAGAUGCGCGUGCUGGGCGAUUCAUACGUGAAGAAGGAAUUCCGGGCCCACAAGACAGCGGAGAACCCAUUGCAUAUUAUCGGAUUCCUGACCGAGUGGCAGCUCUAUGCGCAGAAACUGGAAGGGGAUAGCUGGAAAGGCGAAAAGCUGGACAAAGCCAAGCUGGAUAAGCUAAGUGAUCAACAAUUAGGACAGCUUAUGGAGCUGAUGCAGGCGAUUCGGAACGAGGGAGAGGAAAAAUAA